GCAUGGCGACGGGGAAGCUUUUCCUUAGUCCCCUGGCUGCUGUAAGAUCGCUACUAUUGAUCUGAUUUCAUCGACUAACGUCCUUAAAAUGUUAACAGUAAAAGUCAGCGAAGUUGCUGGGUGUAUUGGGACUCCCUCGUCGCGGUUUGUGACUAAUUCUGGACAAAAUGGGAUACGUUGAAAGUAUUGGCAUGGAGUCGAGAAGAAGGAGUGUGUUAUCUGGGCCUGGCUCCAGCCUUGAUAUUAGAGGAAAACCCUUGAAAAGUAGCCCAUUUUGUCCUCACACUUCUAACAAAGGGGCCCAAUCUCUAAUUAAAUCUCACAUGAUGUCUCACUACAAAAGGAUUUAUUCAGCAAAAGCUGUCAUUGACACCACAGCACCCAAAAGCCUUACGCUUAAUGUGAAAUAUAAUGACCGGAUGAGGCAGGAGCGUCUAAAGAAAGGGGGUCGUCCCCAGUCAGCACAGUCGCUCUCACACAGGAACAGCAGAGCAUCGUGCUCUUCGGCCCAGAGUCGCUUUUCUGUGCAAUCUGAAGGCCGUCCCUACCUCUGCUCUAGAAGCUCUAUGGUCUCCAGCCCCAGGUUUAGCCACUCCUUUUACGCCCAGGAGCUCCCCUCUCCGCCAUACAAAGCCGCCCCUCAGAACCAUCCCUGUCGUCCCUAUUCUGCUUCCGAAAUCAAGCACCGGAGCCAGGAGCCGACUACACACCAGCAUCCAUUGGUGUGUUCCCAGUACACCUCUGGGGAUCAGAGCUUCUUUAGGUCAUUCCAAAACCCUGCAAAGAAGACGUACAGCGGAGACUUGCUCCAGAAACAUUCACAGCGCUUCACCCAAGACAAACCCUUCACGCCCAAGACGCUUAAAUCGGAAAAGAGCUCGUAUCUGUCCAAUUACCGCUACUACAGGGCUCCACGUAAUAACGCAGCGGCUCAGGAGUGUGACGACCCGACGAGACUGAAGCACCGUAACCACACAAAAACCAGGGAGCAGACAAAGGAGUUGUGUGAGCCACAUCAGGGAAAAGAGCACCACCCAUCUGAAGAUGAGUACACAUAUUCAAUAGCAUCAAGGCAACAAGCAAACAAGGGCCGAGAUGAUUCCUUCGACUAUUCCUCCAGGGUCCCGCUAGAGGCUGAAAGGAAAGGAUCUCCAGUUAUGAAGAAUACAAGUGCAGAGGAUGAAGAAUUAAUGUACCUCGAGUUUAUUUCCGAUGUGACAGAAGACAUCUUGUCCAGAGGCUUCAUCUCUAACAGGGUUCUUGACCGUGUGAUUCAGCGGCACAUUGAUAUGAAUCUGCAUCGUCUUGACGAAGCUAAAAUGCGCCACCUUCUGGACAUCUUGCGCAACAACCUAGACGAGCCCUCUACCUUGUCCUCCUACAGUGAAGAGCUCGGGAGAAAAGAUGCGUCAUCCCUGCUCGAUUCCCUGCUGGCGUCUGAUCAGGUGAAAACCGAAGACAACCUCUUUUUUUAUGAGUCGCUGAGGAAAGACAGCGACUGUCCAGAAUGUCCCGAGCCCAUCCUGAGCUCCACACUGCAGUUGUCUCCUAAAAGAAGUUCCCCAUUUGCAAAUGAAAGGACUGAGGGCGAUGAGAACACCAGCGGGGACGUUACUAAUAAUGCAGACAAGAAGGACGAUGAGGACCAGCAUCAAAAAAGCGCUGAUAGGAGCAGUGAACCAGAGGUUGAAGGACAUUUCAAAGAGCUUGAAGACCUGGCAAGACAGUUCUCUGAGUCCCUGAAAGUCAAUGAAAACAACGUGGAUACUAAUACUGUGGCUUCAGUCAGUGAUGAGGACUUCUGAAUUCUGAUGUAUUAGUCAGUGUAUUCUUUUGUUACCAACAGUAUGUUGCUAAAGAGAUAAACCUAUUUACCUUGUUGAAAAUGUAUAGUUUUGUUCGUGUAAUGCUUUGUACACUGGCUGUUUUUAUUUUCCGAGUUUUUUGUAAAUAGGUGAGAAUGCGAGUGUGCCUGAAGUCAGCUGGGAUAGACUCCAGCUUACCUGUGACCUAAAUUAGGACAGAAAAUAGAGGGAAAAGAGUGACGGUCUUAUAGUUGGGUGAAUACGGUAGUUUGUCAUCAUAAUGGUGUUGCUGUGUUUUGUCUCUAAAGUGUUUUGUUUUGACAAGAGUUGGCAAUCAUCAGUGUAUUUCCCAGUUUACAAUAAAACAUUUUCUACCCUCACCUUGCAUUUGCACAGCCUAUCGUUAAAAUUUUCAAAGAAUGUGAUCGGGGGGAAGCCAAGUAUGCAUCCUUGCACAAUGUGAGAUAGGUGGAAGGUAAAGAGACAGGUCAGCGUCCAGCCGGUCCAGGCAGCUGUCCCAUUUGGGGAAUUCUCACCACUCGGCAUUCCAGCUGUCUGAGCUCAUGGCUCCCCCCAAAACCCUCGUGUAUCCCUCCGCGACGCUGCCACUAA